GAGAAUUUACGUAAUUAUUAUUUGGGUGACCUCGGUUUUCCUCUCUACCCUUUGUUUGACUGUGUAGUGACACUGUGGAUAAUUUCUAUGCGAUUCUUUUUGCUACAUUCAAAUUUUAAAAAUAUUUAUCGGUUCACUUCUCUCUCAUCAUUUUUUCGUCACGCAGCAUCAUGGUCCUCUGCGCCCUGAACAGACAGCUCCUGAGGAGCGGCAGCUGUUGUGCUUUCAUGGCCAGGCUGCAGACAACGAGCCGCCGCCGCUGCUGCCUUUACUCCAGCACCCAUGGCUUCAGCCAGGAGGAGAUCAGACAGAAGCUGCGGGCCUUUCCUGGAGGCUCCGUCGACCUGCUGAAGCAGGACUCCGGCGUCGCUGUGCUGACCAUCAACAACCCCGCUCGCAUGAACGCCUUCUCCGGCAGCAUGAUGGUGGACCUGGAGGAGAAGGUGAGCCAGCUGGAAAACUGGACUGAAGGCAAAGGCCUCGUCGUUCGGGGCGCUGCCGAGACAUUCUGCUCUGGGUCCGACCUCAACGCAGUCCGAGCAAUAUCCAACCCCCAGGACGGGAUGAAAAUGUGCAUGUUCAUGCAGGACGCUCUCACAAGAAUGCUCAGGCUGCCCCUGGUCUCCGUUGCCCUGGUGGAGGGCAGAGCCCUGGGAGGAGGUGCAGAACUCACCACCGCCUGCGAUUUUAGAUUAAUGGCACCAGGCAGCGUGAUCCAGUUUGUCCACAAACACAUGGGUCUGGUUCCAGGCUGGGGCGGCGCUGCGCGACUCGUCCGCAUCGUUGGAAGCCAGAAUGCUCUCAAGCUGCUUGGCGGCGCCAUGAAAGUGGACCCUGAACGCGGCCUGGACGUCGGACUGGCAGACGGAGUCCUGGAGGCCGACGGGGACGCCCCGGGUGCCAGCACCCCCCUGCAGCAGGCCGAAGACUGGCUUUGCCGCUACACUGAAGGACCUGUCCCUGUGAUCCAGGCGGUGAAAAAAGUAGUGCUGGCAGGAAGAGAACUCCCCCUGAUGGAGGCUCUGCGGACAGAGAAGGAGGUGUUUGGGACGGUGUGGGGCGCUCUGGCUAAUCUGCAAGCCUUGGCCAGCAAGUCCAAGCACAAAUAACUUGGCCCCAGCGUCCUGAGAUUUGUCCAGAUUAGCCAAGAUCAACGUGUGCUGCUUCUGGGUCGGAUUCAGAUUGGUGUUUGAUGUUUCCAAACUUUUGGUUCACUGAAACCAUGUUAAAGCUGCAGUAUGUAACUUUUACAAAAAAAAUAAAUAUUUUUUUAAUA